CAUUCUCUUAACACAUAACCAUCCAUUCUUGUUCUCCAAAAAAAGAAAAAACCAUCCAUUCUCAUAGUUCUUCAGAACACAGACAUUCAAACUCUGAGAAUGGCUUCCAACACAUUGAUGAGUUCUGCUCUCUCAGCCUUCCCAUCUCUUCUUUCUUCCUCAAAAUCAAGAUUUGCCUCGGCGGUUCCACUUUCGUGCUUUGGUUCCAAUUCCGCUGGUCGCUUCACCAUGACUGCUGACUGGAUGCCAGGCGAGCCUAGACCCCCUUAUCUUGAUGGUUCAGCUCCUGGUGACUUUGGAUUCGACCCUCUUCGUCUUGGUGAAGUACCAGAGAAUCUUGAGAGAUUCAAAGAGUCAGAACUCAUUCACUGCAGAUGGGCCAUGCUUGCUGUUCCUGGGAUGUUGGUACCAGAGGCAUUGGGCUUAGGCAAUUGGGUACAAGCUCAAGAGUGGGCAGCAGUUCCAGGGGGCCAAGCAACCUACCUAGGCAACCCAGUUCCAUGGGGCACCCUCCCCACCGUUCUGGUAAUUGAAUUCCUUGCUAUUGCCUUCGUGGAGCAUCAAAGGAGCAUGGAGAAAGACCCAGAGAAGAAGAAAUAUCCUGGUGGUGCUUUUGAUCCUUUGGGAUACUCUAAGGACCCUAAAAAGUUCCACGAAUACAAAGUCAAAGAAAUUAAGAAUGGACGUCUUGCUCUGUUGGCUUUUGUGGGGUUCUGUGUUCAACAAUCAGCUUAUCCCGGCACUGGACCCUUGGAGAAUUUGGCUACACACUUGGCUGAUCCAUGGCACAACAACAUUGGAAAUGUCCUUAUUCCCUAAUCGCUUUUGCCUUGAAAAGUACAAUCUUCUUGUAUAAUGAAUCAGAUCUCGUUAUGUUGGUUUCUCUUUGCUGUAAUUAAACUUUGAAUUAACAUGUUUCAAAACUCA